AUGACAGGUCUCCACCACCGACCCUCGAAUUCCUCGCCCGAGCACGACAUGAUGGAGAAAACAGACUACAGCACUCAACAAACAACUCUUUCUCCCGUGCACAGUGGGGUUAUCCAUGGCGUUGAAUACCAAGAAGGUACCCGACUUCAUCGAGGCCUCAAGGCUCGUCACAUAACUAUGAUUGCCAUCGGAGGCGCUAUCGGUACCGGUUUGAUCAUUGGAACCGGCGCCGCCUUGGCACGGGCGGGACCCGGCUCGAUCUUCAUCUCAUAUACUGUGGUCGGAUUCAUUGUAUACCUCGUCAUGUGUGCUUUGGGUGAAAUGGCCGCCUGGUUACCACUAUCAUCUGGAUUCACUGGCUACGCUGUCCGAUUCUGUGAUCCCGCUCUUGGAUUCGCGCUGGGCUAUACAUACUGGUUCAAAUACAUCAUCGUGACGCCGAACCAACUCACGGCCGGCGCGCUCAUCAUCCAAUAUUGGGUCGACCGUGACCGCGUGAACCCCGGCGUCUUCAUCGCCAUCUUCUGGGUUGCCAUCGUCUGCAUCAACUACUUCGGCAUCAGAUUCUUCGGUGAAUUCGAAUUCUGGCUGUCUACCAUCAAAGUCAUCGUCAUCGUCGGCGUCAUUAUCCUCUCCCUCGUGCUCGCGCUGGGCGGCGGUCCCGACCACGACCGCAAGGGCUUCCGCUACUGGAACAACCCGGGCGCGUUUGCCGAGUAUAUCGACGACGGUGCCACGGGGCGUUUUUUGGCAUUUUGGUCGACAAUGGUCACCGCGACAUUCGCAUACCUGGGUACCGAACUCGUCGGCGUCACCGUCGGCGAGGCGCAAAAUCCGCGCAAAACCGUGCCCCGCGCCAUCAAAUUGACGUUCUACCGGAUCUUGUUCUUCUAUUGUCUCAGUGUGCUGCUUCUCGGCAUGCUCGUCCCCUACAACUCAGAAGAACUCGCCUUCGCCAACAAUGCAUCCAGCUCGGCCUCCGCGUCGCCCUUUGUCGUCGCCAUAAAGCUCGCAGGCAUCGAAGCCCUGCCCGGCAUUCUCAACGGCUGUAUUCUCUUGUUCGUCUUCUCCGCGUCGAACUCGGACCUCUACAUCGCUAGCCGAACCAUCUACGGAUUGGCAUCUGAAGGCAAGGCUCCACGUAUCUUCAAACACACCGACGCUCGCGGCGUGCCCGUCUACGCGCUCGGCGUCUCCGCGGCCUUCGCCUUGCUCGCAUUUAUGAACGUCUCCGACGACUCCAAGACCGUCUUCAGCUACUUCGUCAACCUCGUGACUAUCUUCGGUCUUCUCACGUGGAUUUCCAUCCUUGUCGCACACAUCUACUUCGUGCGCGCGCGCAAAGCGCAAAAUGUCCCCGACACUGCAUUGGCGUUUAGAGCGCCGCUCGGCGUGGCCGGAUCUUACGGUGCCCUCUCGCUGUGCAUUCUGAUCGCAAUAACCAAGAACUUCUCCGUGUUCACGCACAGCGAAGACUAUGGCGACUUUGACUACAAAAACUUCAUCACGGGAUACUUGGGCAUACCGCUGUAUUUGAUUAUGAUCUUCGGGUAUAAGUGGUGGACGAGGUGCAAAGGGGUGAAGCCCGAGGAGGCGGAUCUGUGGUCAGGGAAGGAUAUUAUUGAUCGGGAGGAAGAGGAGUUUUUGGCGGCGAAGAGGGCGAGAGAGCUCGAGAGAGGGCAAAUGGGCCACCGUGGAAAUUGGUUUUAUAGAACUUUCGUCGCGUGGUUGUUCUAG